GAAGAAGAAGCUAACGCCAAACAACAAGACGAACUUGGCCGUCUGUCACCUCAGCUUCGACGGGCAGAUUUCUUUUGAAAGCGCAACCGGCGUGCGUGUUUGUGAAAGAAGACAUGAUGGCCAUUGGAGCUGAUAGCUGACACUGUAGGAUGAGAGAGGAUGGAACAGACAGAUAACCCCACCCCUGAGAGUAGUGACCCGAAUGGGUUUGUCAACCGAGUGUUUAACAUUUCUCUGGAUGUGGAGAAUGAGACCAGCACCAUGUAUAUUCAAGAGACUGGGCCUGGGCCUGCAGAGGGGCUUGGAGAGACGCAGGCAGCCCCUCUUCAGUCUGCUGGCAAGGACAGACCUGAGGUCAACCGGAGGCCCCGCGCCUCAGGGGGCAUCUGGAAGAUCCUGACCCGAAAAAGAGCAGUCUCAGAGCUGGAGCGGAGACCUCAUUCAAUGAUCCUUCCAGGCGAGGCCUCAACUCCCAAACUGUCAUUCGCUGACAAGGUCCGUUCCUUCAAAAAGCUAAAAUCCCCCUCAGUGUUUCGAGGGAAGACAGGGAAAUUGUCCAGUGCCAAGUUCAGCACCUCUUUGGUGGAUGAAGAGUCUUUCUGCCGUGACUUUGGUUCACCUCUGCAGUCUAGCAGGGGUACGCUGAAACACCGUGGAAAGAGGCACUCAUAUGCUGGCUACACAGCUGAAUUUGACUGCUCGUUAGAAGACAUUGAUCUGUCAGCCCCGUUAGAUGGCCAGCAGACUGCCUCACUGGGAGAGGCUGUGGCCCAGAAUGGCUGUAAACCAUCAGAGAGAGUUUGCUACUCUAAAAGAGGCCACAGCAACUCAACCAACUGUAACAACUCAGCUGCAAGCUGUGAAGAGCCUAGUGUUAGGGGGAGCCCCAGGGCCCACUUGGGGGGAGCAAGGAGAUCCAAGGGGCCAGAUGUGUGGAGUUACUUGAGGAGGAUUUCUCUCUUAGGGAAGGCCAAUCCUGUCUACUCAGAGAGGAGCUUUGACUCUGAGCUCCACACUUUGGACAAGACAAUGGACUCUGACUAUGGCUCUGUAGACUUUGAGUCUGUCCGAGACUUCCAACAAGUGCCACCCAGACAUUCAGACACAAAGGGCCAUUUCGGUGGUAUCUUCAAGUUCUUUAACAGCGUUGCAGAGACAGCCAGAAAAUGGAGGACAUCAUCGCGCUCCUUCUCCCCUCCAGAGGGUGAGAAGACCCCCUUAGGCUCCCCAAAGCCACUACAGCGUGCUGCGGACAACAUUCACAGUGUGUCCCUCACUCUCCACAGCGAGAGACACCAAGAACUCCAACCGACCCUUUCGUUGCCCAUGACCCCCAAACCGUCAAACUCCAAUACCUUGAACAGUGUGACUCAAGUGGCUGUGAGCAAUGGAAGUUCUCCUAAGGUAAUUCUGAAAGCUUUUAAGACAUGCCCAGAGUCACCCACUGUCAAUGGCCUUCAGUGUGUUAGUUCGGAGGGUAUGGAAAAACGGACUGAAAAGCAGACAAACCACAGGUCCACAGCCGCAGUAGAAAACCACAGAGCCCAACACAGCCUGACAGAGACAAAAAAAGAAGCUGAGUCCGAGACCGAAAGGGAUCCAUCAGAAUGUCUCUGUUCAGAGAAAGAGGGACACUCAGGAAAUGAGCAGGAUUCCAGGGAUGCUGCACCUGACUCACAUAAGACACAGGAGGUAAAAAUCCAAUCAUGCACAGGAGACAAGGAGAACAUAACCAAUAAUGUCCCAGCAUCAGACUCUACUGAGGAAAUAUUCAAGGCCCUGUCUCGCCCACCUGGGGUCUCACCAUUAGAGCCCCCGGUGAGGGCAUCUCUCCAGCGGUGCCGUUCCCUUCCACUGGCGCCCAACACACUCACUGCCCUGGCACUGCUCCUACCCCACACAGACAUGGGUCAGUUGUCAUCAUCUGUGCGCCUGCGGCCCGGAGACUCUGGAAGAUGCAGGAGGAGGAUGUUAAGACCUGGAUCGGAACCACUACAGGUUAAUGUAUUAAUAAGCGGAGGUUCGAUUGUCAGCGCUGAGGCGGUAUGGGACCAUGUAACCAUGGCAGACCGGGAGUUGGCGUUUAAGGCCGGUGAUGUCAUCAAGGUGCUGGACGCCUCCAACAAGGACUGGUGGUGGGGCCAGAUUGAUGAGGAGGAGGGAUGGUUUCCUGCCAGCUUCGUACGGGUGGAACCCCACCCUCCUCAGCCCCAAACAAAACAGGUUUUCUAUAUCAACCCCAUAGCAACUCCACGGUUCCAAAACACCACGUCAAAGCUUUGGGUGAACCAGGAGGAUGGAGGGGUGGAGCCAGCUGAGGGGACCAGUGAGGUGCAGAAUGGCCACCUGGACCCAACCAAUGACUGCCUGUGCCUGGGCUCGCCCCUCCAGAACCGCGACCAGAUGAGAGCCAACGUCAUUAAUGAGAUCAUGAGCACAGAGAGACACUACAUCAAGCACCUCAAGGAUAUCUGUGAGGGUUACCUGCGCCAGUGCAGGAAGCGUGUGGACAUGUUCAACGACGACCAGCUAAAGGUGAUCUUUGGGAACAUCGAGGACAUCUACCGCUUCCAGAUGGGCUUUGUUAGAGACUUGGAGAAACAGUACAACACAGAGGACCCUCACCUCUCCGAGAUAGGACCCUGCUUCCUGGAACACCAAGAUGGUUUCUGGAUCUAUUCAGAGUACUGUAACAACCACUUGGACGCCUGUAUGGAGCUGAGCAAGCUGAUGAGAGAUGGCAGGUACCAGCACUUCUUUGAGGCUUGUCGCCUCCUCCAGCAAAUGAUUGAUAUUGCCAUCGAUGGUUUCCUGCUCACCCCUGUCCAGAAGAUCUGCAAAUAUCCGCUUCAGCUGGCCGAGCUGCUGAAAUACACUGCGCAGGAGCACAGUGACUAUCGCUACGUAGCGGCUGCCCUGGCAGUGAUGCGGAACGUCACCCAGCAGAUCAAUGAGAGAAAGAGGAGGCUUGAAAACAUCGACAAGAUUGCCCAGUGGCAAGCCUCUGUAUUGGACUGGGAGGGUGAUGAUAUCUUGGACAGGAGCUCUGAACUGAUCUACACAGGGGAACUGUCAUGGAUUUACCAGCCGUAUGGCCGCAGCCAGCAACGAGUCUUCUUCCUCUUUGAUCACCAGCUUGUUCUCUGUAAGAAGGAUCUGAUCCGCCGAGACAUCCUGUACUAUAAGGGGCGUAUCGACAUGGAUCGCUACGAGGUGCGGGACGCCAUAGAUGGGCGCGACGAUGACUUCAACGUGAGUGUGAAGAAUGCCUUCAAACUGUGCAACAAAGACAGUGAGGAGAUCCACAUCUUCCUAGCCAAGAAGCUGGAGGAGAAGAUCCGCUGGCUCAGGGCCUUCCAUGAGGAGAGGAAGAUGGUGCAGGAGGAUGAGAAAAUCGGUUUCGAGAUCUCCGAGUACCAGAAGCGGCAGGCGGCCAUGACGGUGAGAAAGGUGACCAAACAGAAAGGUGUAAACAGGUGCACGCCCCCCUCAUACCCGCCCCCCCAGGACCCCCUCUCUGCAGGGCAGUAUGAGGUAACGGAGGACAUGGCACAAGGAGAGGUUUUUGAAUUCAGUCAAUCCAAAAGAGGCCAGGCUCCUUUCUGGCAAAAUUUUAGUAGAUUAGCCCCAUUUAAGAAAUAGAGAUACACAGACUCUUCUGAAGGACCAGCUAUUUUUCUUAGAAGCACUAAACGUUGGAUGAUCGUGUCCCAUGAUGAAGAAAAUACAACUACACACAUACACAAGAGACUUAGAAGUGAUGGACCAAAAUUGCUAUAGAGUGUGAUUGGAAGCACCAAGAGGACUGAAGACUUGGAAGGAAAAAAAAACAAAACUUUACACUUCUUGUAUGUUAGUAACGUUCUUAGUUAUCAUGCUUCUCCGGCUGAGACAACCAUCAUGAACUCUUAUCCCUCGGAUUCUGCAACACUCAUCAUAACCACACCAUCUGAAUGUCCAGGAGUUAAUGAGAUUUUGUUAUGUUUUUUUAUUAUUAUUAUUAUUAUUAUUAUUAUUUCAUUCAAAUUCAUUGUUUGGAAAUGAAUGCCAAGUCCCGCUUUCCCUCACGAGGCUGAGUUGAUUUGAUUACGGUAGUGUGACUGUGUCCAGGAGCUGAGGUCUCGCUGUGCUGCUAUGUGAGUUUGCCUGGUGUAUACCUCUGAAUGUGGCCUAUUUUGGAGCUUGAGUAACAACAGGCCUCGUCUGCAGGCUGUGGCAUCUGAAGGAACUUUGAAGGUCUGUUGUCAGCAUUCCCUUUGAGUUAGAUCCAGCCUAGCACUGAUCACAGGCUGGUCAGACCAUCUUGGCUCUACUGAUGUCUGUCUGUGUCUGGAUCUCCUCCUCCCUCUUCCGCGCUUCAUAUUUCUCUUUUUGUAACCCUCGAGCUCUGUUCUCCCAUGCUAUCUCCCUCUUCCUCACCCGCUCUCACAUUCACAGGGUAAAUCCUCUCCCCGUCUCUCUCUGCAUCACUCUUGCCUCUUGUCUGGUCUAUCUCUCUAUACACCUGCUUUUCCUGUGUGACUCAAUGGUUCUCGCAAGAAGAGGUUCGUCCUCUUGGAAGCCUGCCAUUGGCCAUGAUAUGAUGGGUCAGGGCACAAAUCAAUAGCCAUAACAUCAAUAGGCCUUUUACGUCCUUUUACCAACCACUUUUGACAGGGUAGUCGUAUCCGAUCUAGCCAAGGGGCUGUGGGCUGUAUCUCGGAGGGCUUGCUGUUCAGACCAAACAGCUGUGGGCUGAAGAUAGACAGGCUAUGGUCUACCUGCUGUGCAUUAGAGCCCCUGCCCUUCUUCUCCUUGUGAGACCACCCCUUUAGCUGUGUGCUGUCUCUUUAUUGAGUAUUCAGAAAGAGCACAGUCUACCUCUGGUUAGCCACUGACAAUGAAAGGGAGCUUGAUGCAUUAACCAAGGCCUAAAAAAAAAUCCAACCCCUCUGAGUCAGCUGUGAAAGGACUUCUUCAGUCGAGUUAAUCGUUUUGUGUAUGGCUCACACAAUAAGCACAUCCCAUAUCCAGUCAGCGGAGUACCUCGUCUGAGUGGAAGCGCCGCACACACCUGGUCCUCGGGACGAGAUUAUGAUCCCAGCUGUGAAAUUGAUCCGCUUGCACGCAAUGUUGGAAAUGAGAACAAUCACUGUCCAGAAGAAGGUGAGAAGGUGAAACGAUAACAAAACACGAAAAACACAGGCUGGGGGAAAAAAAAAAAAACAUGUCAGAAUUUCAGUCGAGCUAGUCAGUGAGUCAGUUCUGCGGUGAGCAUGUGUCGUUUGCGAGAGUGUGAUGCAAUGCCGCAACGAGCCGGAAUCUUGAACCCGCUCCAUAUAGCGUGCAGGUUUUCUUUUGACAGAUUCAUACCCCCCUAAAUCCUCCAGCUUCAGCCUUGACACCGGUGCGUCUCGUCCCUGUCACAUCGUUGUCUGGAUUUGAGCCAUAUUCUGGCAGUCGGCAUGAUGUUGUGUUAGUGAUAUACUGCGGCGUGACACCUGACCUGUUCAGAUAGCACGUUUUAAGAAGAGCGGCUCAUUCAUCCCCUCAGAUGAGUGAGGACAAGCUGUAAAAUCCGAUUCUGAAACAGGAGUGGCUCUACCAAGACGUUGCCGGUUUGCAUACUUCAUGAAGGUUUAUUCUUUUCUGCAGUUGGAAUGUAAGUAAAACAUCUGUCCAUGGUCUGGAGUCAUGUUUUGAUAGCAGGCCUACCUUUUUGUGUUGGAUUAUAUCAUCUGAUGAACAGUACAUAUUCAGUAUGACAACUUGUGCAAUGUAGUAUAUCAUUAUAUACUUUCACAGUUCACUACCUUGAUAUGAAAGAGAGUUAUAUAUAUACUAUAUAUAUCUUUCUAUGUCCUUUGUUUGCCUUCUAAUUUGGCAUAUAACCUUUUAAGGAAGAAAAAAAAGACCUUAGAAUUGCUUUGUAUGUUGUGUAAUUUAUGUUUUGUUUAAGUAAAGAAAGUUGAGAAAUGGGUGAGUUGGUUGGUGGUGUCUGUAGAGACGGCUCCCAGUGAGAUUGUUGUGGAAGAUAAUGCCCUUGUCUGGCACGGCAAACGGAUAUGGUUCCCAGGCCAUGAUAACCUCAGGUCCAGUGCACAGCCCCCUCCCCCAUAUCACCACUGCUACCAACACACACACACACACACACACACACGUAGCUGGCACGCAAACACGUCCAAAAACACAACAGGCAUGAAGGCAUACACAAACACACGUGCACGCGCACACACAGAGAAUUAUUCCUGACACGCGCUUGCUGGCCCAUUCUGCUGCGGAGAGGAGAGAUGCUAUCUAACAGUGCCUUCCAGCAUUCCACUAGUGAUAAUCUAUUCAGUUUCACAGGCAGAUUUGAAUUAGUCAUGUAUUCUCCCCUUCAGUGUGGGACUUGCAUCUCUCUCUCUCUCUCUCUCUCUCUCUCUCUCUCUCUCUCUCUCUCUCUCUCUCUCUCUCUCUCUCUCUCUCUCUCUCUCUCUCUCUCUCUCUCUCUCUCUCUCUCUCUCUCUCUCUCUCUCUCUCUCUCUCUCUCUCUCUCUCUCUCUCUCUCUCUCUCUCGCUGGGACUCCCAUUCCCAAGCACAUGAGAUUUGCUCGGACAGAAACACAGACGUCAGGCCUUUUCCAUGUGAGUAAAUACUGUGCUGUAUGACUUCAACACUUAAGAAAGUGACGAAAAACAUUGUUAUAUCACACAAAAGCAGACGUAUGGUUUCGUUGCAUAAAGAUGUACAACACAAGCUAAUUUCAGACAUUUUAAAAACUACUUAGAAUUCCUUGAAUAUCUAUUUAACCAUUAUCUAAGACAUGACGCUGAGAGAACACUAAGUUGUAAUUCAAUUAUAUAGUAGAAUACAAUUUUUUUUUCCGUUGUCAUUGCUAAAAUAGCUUUCACAUUUCAGAGCUAAGUACACGAUUACUGGUGACUCACAAACUGAAGGAACAAUCAUCUGUUUUACACUUAGCAGCUACACACUGUAUAUAAUGUAAAAAGGAACAGAUCAUAUAUUUGGAUAUUGAUAUUUUGCGUCGGAGACGAAUGUUGUACCAGUUCUAGCGUGCGGUAGACCUCAGUACCAGGUAGAUGCAUGCUUGUGGCAUCCAAUAUUUUGCAUGAGACUUAAGGCAACUCUUAACAGAUUGUUUUGCUCCAUUUACUGGCGAUUAGCAACAUGCUAUCACAAUCUGGGACCAUCCACGAGUGAACCUAUACCAUCUCACUUAAGGGAGUUCUUUUCUCUGUCCAUCCUGCUCACUAUACAGUAGGGGUUGUAACUUGCAGACUUCUGUCUUUAUUUAUCGUCAAGUGCAGUGGAACAUUAUUACAGACCACGCCGAAUGAACGAGUGGACUUUUGAUAAGUGAAUGCAAAGCACUGACGCUCUCUCUCUCUCUCUGUCCAUAUGAAAUGGGCAUUAU